ACAUUCGCAGAUCACACAGUAACCUUUGUGAUCUGUGGUGACAUUGACGUUACUACAACAACACAAGUGUGCGAAAGGUAGUGUUUUGAGUUAAAAGUAGUGUAUUUUAGUGUGUUUUUUUGGUGCGUGUGUAUAAUUAAGGGCACAACAAGUCGUUAUAUCCGCAUUGAUUUGCCAAUCCAACAAUUAGGUUAUCCCCAAUUCUUUUCUCGCUUCAUUCAGCCCACCCGUUUAAGGGCUUGUCGGCAUCUUGUGGCAUCCAGAGCUAGUUUGGUAACGGUAUCAGGUGACUGGGGCCCCAUGUCCGGUGCUGAAUGAGCUAAGUUGGUGCUUUUAUGGUGUUAUUCAAAGACAUGAGUUCCCAACAGAGUCCAUCAAAUUCAACGUUUGAGCGUGAGAAAGUGUUUCAAUGGAUUUUGGAGUUGACCAGUCCAGAGACUAGAGAAAAUGCCCUGUUUGAACUUAGUAAGAAAAGAGAAAUUGUGGCCGACUUGGCUCCAAUGCUAUGGAACAGCUUUGGAACGAUUGCCGCUUUGCUGCAAGAGAUUCUCAUCAUCUAUCCAGCGAUUAAUCCUCCCACGUUGACGGCGCAUGAAUCCAAUAGGGUUUGCAAUGCUUUGGCCCUUCUGCAAUGUGUAGCGUCGCAUCCAGAGACCAGAUCCAACUUUUUAGUGGCGCAUAUCCCGCUCUUUCUUUAUCCAUUUUUGCACACCGUGUCCAAAACCAGACCAUUUGAGUACUUGCGCUUAACAAGUCUGGGCGUUAUUGGCGCUUUAGUUAAGACCGAUGAACAAGAAGUGAUUACUUUUCUGUUGACGACGGAAAUUAUUCCACUGUGUCUCAGGAUAAUGGAAACGGGAUCGGAACUCAGCAAGACAGUAGCUACGUUCAUCUUACAGAAGAUUCUUUUGGACGAGAGCGGAUUGUCUUACAUUUGUCAGACCUAUGAUCGAUUUAGUCACGUGGCAAUGAUCUUGGGCAAAAUGGUUCUAUCUUUAGCCAAGGACCCUUCUGCACGAUUGUUGAAGCAUGUUGUCAGGUGUUACUUGCGACUAUCCGAUAACCCAAGAGCACGUGAAGCUCUUCGGCAAUGUCUUCCUGAUCAGUUGCGGGACAGCACGUUCAACAACUGCCUUCAAGAAGACAAGUCUACUAAGCAUUGGCUGCAGCAGUUAAUAAGGAACUUAGACUCAACAGCAGCUAGUGAUCCCAGACAAGUGGGCAUGUCGCCAUUGGCUACACAGUAAAGUGGACGAGCGAAUGAGGCACAAUUUGCGUAUCGGAAUAGUUGCAUUGUAACAUCUCCUUGAUUAAUUUAAUUAUAAGUGUGGCCCGAUUGAUUCAUUUUUUGUCUACAUGGUGGUAAUGCUGUGCGUUUUUUUCUAAAGUUAGUGUGUACAGAAACGCGAUAGAGAGCAGGAUUGAUGUAAAUUAGAACGAGGUUUACAUUAUUAAACCGAUGUAAUUUU